UACUACAUCUGUCUGCUAGUUCUCCAUCGAACAUUUCACUUCUUCAACUUCUCCUACUCCUCUGUUCAACGAUGAACUGUACUAAAACUUACCCUAUAACUUUCAUGAAAACCUACCAAUUCAUCAAAGUUCUUGGAAAAGGCGGAUUUGGAACUGUGUGGCUGGUCGAGCGUAUCUUCGAUGGAACCCUCCACGCUGCUAAGAUAAUACACGACAAUAAUUGCAAGAGGAAGACCUGGUGUGAAGACAGAUCAGCUAUGAUACCUGACGAAAUCCUCUUGACGGAGUCGCUGGACCACCCUAACCUAAUAAAAAACUACGAGAUAUACUUCGAGAGGAACUCGUGGAUCAUUGUGAUGGAGUAUAUACCUGACUAUGUAGACCUAGACCUAUGUGACUACAUCUCUCAGAACGGAUCUCUGACGGUGGAGGAUGCUAGGGAAGUGCUGACACAGCUCCUUGACGCCUGCUCCUAUCUUAUAUCACUCGGAAUAGACCACAGAGACCUUAAGAACGAGAAUAUUCUUUAUAAUCCCACUACUCGCCAGAUUAAAUUGAUAGACUUUGGUUCAGCCUCCAUCAUCCCUGAUACCCCCUAUUCUCACUAUCAAGGAACUGAAGUCUUCCUCCCACCAGAGUGCUUCAAGUUUGGAUCCUAUUCAGCCCUCCCUGCCAUGACUUGGAGUAUUGGGUGUUUAGCUUAUGUCCUCCUGAAUGGCGGGUGUCCGUUCUCGACGAAACAGGAAGUGGCAGAACACGAACAUCUGAAGUUUAUUAACUGUCGGCUUGAUGUGGAGAGUCGGGAGUUCUUGUGUGAUCUGCUGAUUGUUGAUGAGGAUGAUAGGAUGACUCCUGGGGAGCUUAUAUUCCAUCCUUGGAUGGGUUGGGUUUCUGUGGAAUGAUCCGUUCAGAUUUUAUUUAAUGUGUUAGAAAUUUUCUUUGCUAUCUAUAAUAGCGUUGUUUUAUUUACAUCGUUAUAUUUAUAUCUUUAAUUACCC